CGACAGCGCCCGAACCGGGCCACCGGGCCAGAGCCAGCGGCAGCCCAGCCAUGUCGGGCCGGGUGGAGAAAGCAGAUUCUCAGCGUUCUCGUCUCUCUUCGUUCACCAUGAAGCUAAAGGACAAAUUCCACUCGCUCAAAAUAAAAAGGACGCCAUCAAAGAAAGGAAAGCAGCCUGACCUAGUGGUGAAAUCUACCGAAAAGGUUGUGAACAAGAACUUGAGUUGGCUGGAGGAGAAAGAGAAGGACGUAGUGAGCGCUCUGCGUUAUUUUAAGACCAUCGUGGACAAAAUGGCCAUUGAUAACAAAGUGUUGGAGAUGUUGCCGGGAUCCGCCAACAAAGUUCUGGAAGCGAACUUGCCUCUGGUUCAGACGGACCCGCGGAUUCAGCAGAGUUCCGCCGUUACUUCCUGUUACAGCCGCGUGUAUUAGAGUUUGGAGGAUUUGAUUCGAUGGUCCGAUCAAGUGAUGCUCGAAGGCAUCAAUGUGGAAGACAAAGAAGUGGUGAAUACAGUUAAGGGAGUCAUCAAGGCAGUUCUGGAUGGUGUUAAGGAGCUGGUGAAGCUGACAAUUGAGAAGCAGGAACACCCGUCUCCCACCAGCCCAGUCAAGCCCACCUUACCUGUGCCUGCAACAGACCGUCAGUUGGAGCUCCCCUUGACGGAUCGUGAGAUGGAGAUCCUCAACAAGACGGCCGGGUUGACACCCACCGCAGAAGUGUUGGCAGACGCCACAGACGAAGAGGUCGCCCCGCCGAAACCGCCCCUUCCUUGCAUCCGGGUGGCUGAAAACAGACUUUCUCCUUCUCCUUACCACCCGCAGGAAUUUGAAAAUGAUUGCUAUCCCCAGCGGAGGCUGUCGGGGGGCAGCCAGUCCUACGGAGGGGAAUCUCCCCGCCUCUCGCCCUACAGCAGCAUGGGGAAGCUGAGCAAAUCGGACGAACAGCUGUCCUCGCUGGAUUGCGACAGCGGGCAGUGCUCGCACAACACAAGCUGUGAAACGUUAGAUCAUUACGAUCCCGAUUACGAGUUCUUGCAGCAGGACCUCUCGAACACGGACCAGAUCCCCCAACCAGGACUCGGCGUGCUCAGCCCUUUGCCAGAGGGCCUGCGGGAAUCUGCUUCUCCGUUUCUCGGACAAUCUACAACCAGCCCAAGAUGUACCUCCUGGCGCAUGUUAACUUACAGCUAAAUUCUGGAUUCCAGGUGUAGUCUGGCAAUCCCAAAAAGGACUGCUUCCUAGGAAACUACAAACAUGAGCUAAUGAUGAUCGGAAAGAUUCUCUUGCUUUGAGGUGUCCCAUAUUGCAAAUAGUCUCUGACACCUUGUGUUUUUCACAUAGCCUUUUUUGCUGAGAGAGACUUCCUGAAUAGAAAAAUUAAGACAGGUGGGUGGCAAUGCCUCCUCCCUCUUGAUACAUUUCUGAAAUGUCACUCAUUGAACUGGCACUUACUUAGGCUACAGAAGGCACACUGCCUACAAAGUGGCACCUUUCCAAAUUGCUAUUAGGGUAUUUGCUUAGAAUUUGGGCAAUGGUUGGGCAAACUAAAGUCUUUUUAUUAAAUGCAUAGCUAGGAAAGUUAUUUUCCUCUCUGUUAAGGUUGCUAUUACCGGUUUGCCUAGUCAAGUGACAAAAUAUAAAUCCAAUGACUCUCCACAACUCU